AUGUCGGCUGGCGUUCCUACUCUUCUUUCUGGCAGCAGCCAGGGACAGAACACAAGAGCUCUGUUCCGUGUUGUCAUCCUCGUCUUGAUCGCUGGAGCCGCCGUCGCCAGCCGUUUGUUCUCUGUCAUCCGUUUCGAGAGUAUCAUCCACGAAUUCGACCCUUGGUUCAACUUCAGGGCUACCAAGUACCUGGUCGCAAAUGGAUUCUACAGCUUCUGGGACUGGUUUGACGACCGAACAUGGUAUCCUCUUGGCCGUGUCACGGGCGGAACUCUGUACCCCGGCCUCAUGGCCACCAGCGGCAUCAUUUACCAUCUAUUCCGCCUGCUGACUAUUCCCGUCGACAUUCGAAACAUCUGCGUCCUGCUCGCCCCGGGUUUCUCUGGUCUCACAGCCCUCGCAGCAUACUGGUUGACCAAUGAGUUGUCUACCUCCCAAUCUGCCGGACUUCUAGCCGCGGCCUUUAUGGGCAUCGCCCCCGGGUACAUUUCCAGGUCCGUAGCUGGCAGCUAUGACAACGAGGCCAUCGCCAUCUUUUUGCUGGUCCUCACCUUCUUCCUCUGGAUCAAGGCUGUCAAGCAGGGCUCCAUCAUGUGGGCCGCUCUGUGUGCACUCUCCUACGACUGGAUGGCCGCGUCAUGGGGUGGAUAUACUUUCAUCGACAACCUGAUCGCCGUCCACAGUCUCAUGCUCUGUGUUUCGGGCAGGUACAGCAACCGGCUCUAUGUCGCUUACACCACUUUUUACGCCAUCGGAUUCUUGGGCAUCAUGCAGGUCCCAUUCAUCAACUUCCUUGCCAUCAGCACCAGCGACCACUUCGGAGCUCUCGGCGUCUUUGGUUUGAUGCAAUUCUACGGAUUCUUCAACUGGUUCACGGGCAUGUUCGACCCUAAGGUGGUCAACAAGUGGCGUUGGGUGUCGUUCUUUGGUCUCAUCGUUCUUGGCAUCGCUGCAAACGUUGUCCUCGUCAAGGCAGGCAAAAUUGCAGCCUGGGGAGGGCGUUUCUACUCGCUGUUUGACACCGGAUACGCCAAGAUCCACAUCCCUAUCAUUGCAUCAGUCUCAGAGCACCAGCCGACCGCCUGGCCGGCAUUCUUCUUUGACCUGAACAUGUUGAUCUACCUCUUCCCGGCUGGCAUUUAUCUGUGCUUCGACAGGCUGGGCGACGAGCACAUCUUCCUCAUCAGCUAUGCUGUGCUUGGCAGCUACUUUGCUGGUGUCAUGGUUCGUCUCAUGCUCACGCUCACACCCUGCGUUGUUGUCGCGGCGGCCAUUGCAGCAUCGACCAUCUUGGACAAUUAUUUGUCGGCCGAGAGCCCGGAGCCGCAAGAGGAAGCCGCCGAGGCCGCAGACGUCUCAGCGAAGAAGGACAAGAGCAGCAAACAUAAGCACUCGGACCCGUCCAAGAAACCCAUCGUUGGGAUCUACAGUAAGACGUCGAAGUUGGUUGUGGCCGCGGGAAUGCUUGUUUACCUCAUCCUUUUCGUCAUGCACUGUACUUGGGUCACAUCCAACGCCUACUCUUCCCCGUCUGUUGUCCUGGCCAGUCGCAUGCCCGAUGGUAGCCAGCACAUCAUCGACGACUACCGUGAGGCGUACCAGUGGUUGCGACAGAACACCAAGGAGGAUGCCAAGAUCAUGUCUUGGUGGGACUAUGGCUACCAAAUUGGUGGCAUGGCUGACCGGCCCACUCUUGUCGACAACAACACGUGGAACAACACUCACAUCGCAACUGUUGGCAAGGCCAUGAGCUCCCGCGAGGAGGUUAGCUACCCCAUCAUGCGCCAGCAUGAGGUUGACUAUGUCCUUGUUGUCUUUGGCGGUCUCCUUGGCUACUCGGGCGAUGACAUCAACAAGUUCCUCUGGAUGGUCAGGAUUGCUGAAGGCAUCUGGCCAGACGAGGUUAAGGAGCGAGAUUUCUUCACACCUCGUGGAGAGUACCGUGUCGAUGACCAGGCCACCGACACCAUGAAAAACUCGUUGAUGUACAAGAUGUCGUACUACAACUACCACAACCUUUUCCCCAAAGGACAGGUUACUGACCGUGUCCGUGGGGCCCGCUUGCCGUCAGAGGGCCCAGUGCUCAACACUGUCGAGGAAGCUUUCACCAGUGAGAACUGGAUCAUCCGCAUUUACAAGGUCAAGGACCUCGACAACUUCGGCAGAGAUCAUGGUGCGGUGGCAGCUUUCGAGAAGGGCCACAAGAAGAAGAAGCCCGUCAAAAAGCGAGGCCCGAGAACACUCAGAGUUGAGUAG